AUGAUGAUGCUACUUAUACUGGCGGUGCUGGCGGCCGUGACGCGGGCCCAGUCGGACUAUACGUACAUGAACUGCUACGUGUCGCUUCCCAGCGACUUCUCAUCGGAUAACACCUAUGCGUACCAGACGAGCUCAUACUGCUACAGCAGGUGCCAGCAGAAGGGUGCCGCGUACUUCGCGCUGUUCAAUCACAACCAGUGCUUCUGCGGGAACACAAGUCCUUCCUCCCAGACCAGCUCAAGUUGCAACACGUACUGCUUCGGAUACGCCCAGGAGAUGUGCGGUGGGAACUCAGCAUACUCAGUCUUCCAGAUAGGAAACGGGAACCCCAGCCAGAGCUCUUCCAACACAAACUCAAACUCUAAUACAAACACAAAUACAAACACAAAUACAAAUUCCAACUCCAACUCCAACUCCAACUCCAAUACCAAUACAAACACGAAUACAAACACGAAUACAAACUCAAACACUAAUACCAAUACCAAUACGAACUCGAACUCGAACUCCAAUACCAACACAAGACCUACGUCUACGCUGUCGAGUUCUAGGCUGGUGGCGCUGGGCACAGGCCUCUCCAUCGAGCCCUCCUCGAGCGUGGAGCCCACCACGCAGGCCACGACGAUCGCCUCCAGCACGGUGAACAAUGGCGUCACGUCCAUAGUGUACUCCACUUCCCUGAAGACGAUAAGCGGGUCCGUGAUCUACAGGACCAGCACCAUUGUGCAGAGCGCCGCGCCAACGGACGCCGGCAACUCGACCAGCUCCGACGACGACUCCAGCGGCAAGAACAACUCCGGGAAGCACAAGAAGAAAGCCAACGUGGGAGCAAUCGUAGGUGGUGUGGUCGGCGGUGUGGUGGGCGCGUGUGUGGUCGCUGUAGCUGCAUUGCUAAUACUGAGACACAUAAACCUGAAACGCGAGCAGGAGAGAAUGGAGAAAGAAUACCAGGAAGCUAUAAAACCUGUGGAAUACCCAGAGAACAACGAACUGUUCCCAUCCCCAUACUCCUCUAAUAGAGACCCCUCAUCGGGAAGCUUCGACGAAGAGCUGCGAAACAAGGCAAUGUACCCACCCGCAACAGGCACUGACCCUUACGAAAAUAAUGAUUUGAUGGCUAUGCCGGAUAGGAAACCAAGCACAAACAACCACCUCGCGGUAGCGAACCCAUUCGAUGACUCGAGAAGAAUAAGUAACGGUUCAUUGGUACCGGGUUCCCCACCUCUGGGCAACAAUAAUGUUUUGACUGUGGUAAAUCCAGACGAAACCGAUUGA